AUGACUUUGGCCUUGAGGAUAUACUACUUGGUGAAGCUAAUGACUUUUCCAUGGCAGAACUUAGACCCUGGCCAGAGUUUAUCUAGUGAAGAAAGCAUGAAGGAAUAUGCAGACUUGAAAUUUUCGUUGUUGCUUUAUGAUGCAAUGCUUAUCCUUACUGGUUCCUCAAUUGCCUCAUUCUCACUUGGAGAAAAUGCUGCAUUAGCAUUCUUAACAGGUGGGAUUGGAGGGUUCUUAUAUCUACUGUUAUUGCAAAGGUCGAUUGAUGGAUUACCGGCUGCAGAAAUUGUUCCAACAAACAGGAUGGAAAACUUUGGUCAAAUACUGGGAAAAUCUAGAGGUUCACUAACAAGCUUGGUUUUGGCUUUUGCAUUAGCUGUUAUUGCUGCAAGAUACAUCUCAGGAGAUGCUGCCGGGGUGUUGACACCAAACGACCCUAUUUUUGGGAUGGUUGGGUUCCUUAUGUGCAAGAUAUCUGUGGUUUUGGCAGCAUUCAGACCUUUGCCAACAGGCUCAAGAGAAAACAAGUGA